AGGCGAUCUGACGUCCAUGCCCACGAACUUUGGCUUCAAAGUGCAGACGGAUGCGCAAUGGUCAGGUUUUCAGCCCGCUCCCGCGGAGGGCUCCGAGUCGCAACCGUCGGCGCUGCUGAGCUGCGAGACGGCAGAGGUGGUGCUGUGCGCAGAGAGCGCGGAGGAGCGCCGGAGAUGGCUACAGGACAUCGCCGCAGAACUGCGGCGAGCGCGGGCGCGCUGCUUGCGCAUGUGCCCAGCAGUGAGAACAGAGGACUGGGGGCACGAGGCACUCUUGGCGGAAGGCUUGCAGAACGAACACAACGCCAACCGCUACGCCCUUGCGUUGCAGGCUGCGAUUGACCGAAUUUCGGACCAGUCGCAGUGAAAA